AUGGGAAAAAGUUCAAGUCAGACCGGAAGCUCAAACAAGAGACCGAUAUAUGCACCAUCCGAUUUCGUAGAUAACACCUCGAUUAUAUCUAAAGCGGUUUCGCACGAGUCCAUAACCAACAAUCAAAUCCUUCUAAAGUUAGAAGAGGAUGGGUUUACUGCGCCAGAUGAAAAAGUAAAUGAACUUAUAACGAGGCUGACCGAGACAAAGGUCUUAUACGCCCUAAAAUUACUUUUCGAAAAUCCACAAAAUAUAUUUUCAUCCCAGGUUUUAGUGGACUCGAUAGAACAUUUCGCCAAUCCUUCACUAUUUAACCAUCAUUCAAAAGAAAUCAUAACAAGAUUGGAAUUUCAUUUACGAGCUUGGACCGCAGCUUUGGAACAGAUAUGCUUUUCACAAAUAGUACUUUGUAAGGAACUUCGAGAUAAAAUUUACAAUUCCCUAGCAAAAUUUGCGGAUUUUCAUCGCAAAAAUAUACAAGUUGUUGAAGAAGGGUUUGAUAGUCUUAGGCCAAAUUUCAAUCCAUCCAAUCAAAGAAGGGUCUAUAAUGAUAAAAAUAUUAUUAAAAGACGUAACUAUAAUAUUGACUUUCUAUUAAUUCACUUGCGAGAUACAUUGCAUAGUCUUCGUGAUGACGAAACUUGGUUUCAAGAAAUUUUAAGAAGAACCAAAGUUUUGUUAAAGUCCGCUUUAAACAUUACACCUGGGCUUUUGUCAAUAUUAGCACCUGCGGUUAUCGUCCCAUUUGAUAAUUGUGCAACUUUUGUUCAAUUGCGUGAAGGUUUAAGUUUCAAAUAUCCGAUAGCAUCUUAUUACUUGGAUUGGAGAAUUAUGUUGAUAAUUCAAUAUAACCUUUUUAAUUGGUCAGAAAGUAAUGAAAGGAUAAUUAGUAAAAAAUUUGGAGAAAGGAUCUUAAUGGAAUAUCUUUGGAGUUACUCGGAAAGAGAAUGGAAUCAUAUCGUUGAUAAAGCCAUGUUAAACUCUCAAAAUAAAUUCGAUGAAAUAUCAAACAAACUUUCCAGGAGUUUAAGAAACACUGGAGGUUUUUUAAGUGACAUGGUCGGGAAUGAACCACUCGCAUUACCAGAUAUGUUAUGGUUUGGAAUGUUGGAUCUCGCACAAAAUCUCAUCCAAAAAUCUACUCAAUCGGUUAUACACGGACUUUGUUAUUAUUUGGCAAUUGAAACACUAAACAAAGCUCCAAGCAGUUUCAUUCAAUUUAAAGCAAUUGAGGUAUUAUUACACUUGCAAAAUAUUAACGAGGAAUCGUUUUCAAUGAUGGAAAUUGAUUUCAAUCAGUACGCUCAAAAAUUAUAUGAAAACAAUCCAAAUAGUGAAUCUUCAGAAAGAUUUCAAUGUUUAUUAUCAUUCGUUAAAGAAAAAUGUCAUGAUGAUUUCAAGAUAAUGAAUGAUAAGGUUGAAAAGGGAAAAGGAAAGGAUCAAAAAGGACAAACAUUAAAUUCCUGUAACAUAUUAGACAUUAUCGCAGAUGAAAUGACUUGUCCGAUCAGUCAUGAACCAGAGGAUCAAUUAUGUAUUUUGAAAUGUCAACAUGUGAUUUCAUUUAAUAAUUUAAAAAGGUUGAAGCAGAGAGAAUGUCCUAUAUGUCGAGAAAGUAUUGAAAAUAAUGAUGUCAGAGCCUUAUCACAAAGUACCAUUUUCAAAAAUUUAUAUUCUUACCUUUUUGAUGCUGGACGUAUUCUAUACUCGAAUGAGAUAGAUGAUCCGGAUCAAAUAGAUCAGGCAACGAAUGAUCAUUAUAAGAGUGAUUCUGAUGAUUCGGAAGCUGAUUACAUGAUAAUUAAGAAAAAGUUUAUUAAAGAGUUUAAAAUGAGAACGAAUAGAUUCCAAUCAAUAUUUCAAAUUACCAAUUCGAAAAAACAAUAUCCAGAAUACAAGAACGUUAUAAAAGAAUUGGAAGGGAGGAAUUAUGAGAAAGCGGUAUUAAGGUGUCGGGAUUAUCUAAAGAUUUUUCCUAAAAGUUAUACCAUGAGGUGCAUUAUAGCUUACGCGUAUAGAUGCCUUAAAAAUUACGAACAAGCACGUUUAUAUAUAAAUGAAGCCAUUGAGUUAAAGAAGAAAAAUCCAAUUGCGUUUUACAUUUAUGGUGAAAUUCUCUUCAGCCAAAGUGAAUACAUCAAUGCAAUACUAAAAUUAAACAUUGCGAAAGAUUAUAAGAUUAAAACAAAUAAUCUGAAUAUAUUGAUUGGGACUAGCUAUUAUUUUGAAGCAGGAAGAUAUAAGAACCAUUACUACUAUGAUGAAGCUUUAAAGAAUUUUAAGAUUGCAUUACUAAAUGAACCGAAGCAUUAUUUAUGUUUGAAGUUUUGUGCACAUAUUUAUAAAAUUCAAGAAAGGUAUUUAGAAGCAUUAGAGAUGUUGGACAAGAUACUGGAAAUGAAUCAGGACGAUUCAUUAAUAUUAUGUUAUUACGGAGAAAUCCUUAAUUAUUUAGGAAGGUACAAGGAUUCAAUAUUCCAUUUCACUAGAGCGUAUAACAUUGAUCCCGAGAACACUCAUAUUUUGAUUAAAAAAGCUAUUAUUCACUAUGAACUUCAAGAAUAUGAUAAGGCUUUAUUAGAUAUUAAUAAAUCCAUAUGUAUAGAUUCUUCAAAUAGCUUUGCAUAUUACUUUAAGGGAUUAAUACAUUAUGCAUUGGGAAAUCAUUAUAGUGCAAAAGUUGAAGUUGAAAGAUGUAAAUCUUUAUUUGAAACUAAUGAUAAUUUGGCAAAAUUUUUGCUAGAUUAUUUAAAGCAUUUAUUAUCCAUCAAUGAAUCAUCAACAUUAAAUCAUCGGGACUUUUCAAUUGUUUAUCUAGUACAAGAGUACUCCGAUUCAGAUUUGUGGUCAUUUCUACUGAAGUAUUAUAAAGUUAAUGAUGGUUACUUUACUGAAAUCGGGAUUGUGAAUAAAUUUCAUAAACUCAUGUAUAAAGAAAAGGGUGUUUAUUUUACUUCAAACCUUACCAAUUUGAAUAAUGAAUUUCUUCGGUUCCAAGAAAGUGAUUCCAAUAGUUUGUCGGAGCAAGUGUUAUCUUUUAAAGAUGAAGUACUUCCCGUUAUUUUGCCCAAACUUUUUGAUAACGUGAUUAGAUUUUUUUUGUAUUAUGUAACGUGGAAAAUAAAUGUUAAAAAGUUAUUAUCCAAAGAUUGUUAUGUGGAGUUUGUCGUUGAAAUACUUGAUAUAUAUAGUAAUCUCACCAAAUGUCACAAAUUAACGUUAACAUAUGAAAAUUUGUCAGAACUUAUCGGAUUAGGCUGGAUUGAAUAUACGCUUCCAUUCGAAGUAAAUAAAUGGGCACAACCUUCAAUUAACCUAAAAAAGAAUUCUAUUAUAAUGCAAAUAGAUUAUGUCCGAUUAAUGCCAAAUAAAAGAGAUACGGUUUAUAUUCCUAAAAUGAAUGAGCCCUUACCAAUCAAUAAAUUUUACCCAAACGUUCCAGAGGCUUUUAAUGACAAGUAUUUUUCAAAGAAGGAAAUGGAAAAUUUGAUUGAAUUAAAAGACAUCAUUAGUUAA